AUGAGUGGGAAGAAGGAAGAAACCUCAUUCAGUAUUCUCAGAAUUUACGAUGAACCAGAGGAGAGGAGGUAUGAGCCAGAAAGCUCUGGCAUUUCCUCCCAGGCUGGGCAUCAUGCACAGUCCCAACUGGAUGGGGUGUAUGGUACACCCCAGUGGCCCCCAGGUUCCUCAGCACAGCAUGGCCCUGUUUAUCAGGAGAUGAGGUCUCUGAGCCCGCAGCAGUGGGCCCUCCAGGCCCUAGACAGGUCUGAGCUCCAGGCCAGCUGGUUCUCUGAUGGGGAGCCAAGAGAGGAAGCAGAGUUUGGCUCUAGCAGCCUACCAGGAUUCGAGUUUGGCCAGCCUUGUCCUUCGCCUCCUCCCAGUGAAGAAGUCUGGUCAUUCCUCAGAGCAAUUCCUCCCGUUGCAGAUGAAGUGGUGGUCAGGCAGAGGACCCCACGUGCAUCCUGGAAGGUUGGCAAACUGUGCCAUGGCAAGAAAGUCUGUGCCAUUGCCAUCAGCAGCUUGACUCACCAUGUGUACACGUGUGGUCAUGGCUACAUCAGGGUGUGGGAUGAGAGUGCUCUGCACACCUGGAACAAAGCCCCUCAGGCACAGCUGAACUUUCAGGGCCAUCAUAACUGUGUUCUCACCUGCAAGCUGUUCCCCGAUGAGCAGAGCCUGAUCACUGGGGGUGUGUCCCGGACCUUGACUCUUUGGGACCUGGCACCCACACCCCGCAUCAGGGCACACCUGGCCUCCACAGGCCCAAUAUGCUACUCUCUGGCCAUCUCCUCCAAUGCCCAGAUCUGCUUGGCUUGUUUCAAAGGCUUUGUUGAGAUUUGGGAUUUGCAGAACCAAAUCUUGAUCAGGAAGCACAAAGUCCCUGAAUAUGGGUCCCGAUGUGUGGAUAUCACGGGCAAUAAGUUCUGGACUGGAGGUGAAGACACCAGCCUGUAUUCCUGGGACCUGAGGAGCUUCCAGAAGCUGCAGCAAUACAGCCUGCACCAUGAGAUCCUCAGCAUUUCCCACGACCCCAGUGAGGAGUGGAUGCUAGUGGGCCUGAGAACAAGCGAUAUCAUAAUCCUGCACGCGCACCGGAAGGAGGCCUUCAAGGCUGUUGUACAUAAAUAUGUCCACCACCACAACCUCAAGUUUUCCUCCUGUGGGAGCUAUUUUGUGACCACACUGGAUGAGUCAAUCCACUGCUUAUCUGCACCUUCUCUACAAAGGUUGUUUCAGGAAGAGGAGUCUACAGAAAUCUUGUGUUGCGAUGUGUCCUCCGACAACCAGUAUCUAGUCACUGGCUCCAAGAACUGUGCCACAGUUUACCAGCUCUUGUUUUGA